AUGACUUCAACAAAUGGUGAAACUGCAGCGACUCAGGCUGAUAAAAACGUAGAAAUGUGGAGAAUAAAGAAACUUAUAAAAAGUCUUGAAGCUGCUCGCGGUAAUGGAACUAGUAUGAUAUCUCUCAUCAUUCCGCCCAAGGAUCAGGUUACUCGGAUAGCGAAAAUGUUGGCUGAGGAAUAUGGUACCGCCUCGAAUAUCAAAAGUAGAGUCAACCGUCUUUCUGUGUUAAGCGCCAUCACCUCCGUUCAGCAGCGUUUAAAGCUGUAUAAUAAGGUACCACCAAAUGGACUCGUUGUAUAUUGCGGCACUAUUAUUACUGAAGAUGGAAAGGAAAAGAAAGUAAACAUUGACUUUGAGCCUUUUCGGCCGGUAAAUACUUCACUUUAUCUCUGUGACAACAAGUUUCAUACCGAAGCCCUUAAUGCAUUGCUGACGGAUGACAGCAAAUUUGGUUUUAUCAUUAUGGAUGGUAGCGGCACCCUCUUUGGUACUCUGUCUGGAAACACUAGGGAAGUGUUGCACAAGUUCAAUGUAGAACUACCGAAAAAACAUGGAAGAGGUGGUCAGUCGGCACUUCGUUUUGCCCGAUUACGUGUUGAAAAACGUCACAAUUACGUGAGAAAAGUUGCAGAGACUGCGGUACAGUUGUUUAUUACGAACGAUAAGGUCAAUGUGGAGGGUCUUAUUCUCGCUGGUUUGGCCGACUUUAAAACGGACCUUAGUCAGUCGGGAAUGUUUGAUCCCAGAUUGCAAGCCAAAGUGCUGAAGAUAGUUGAUAUAUCAUAUGGGGGUGAAAGUGGAUUUAAUCAAGCUAUUGAACUUGCCAGUGAUACUUUGGCGGGCGUUAAGUUUAUCCAGGAGAAGAAGUUGAUUCAGCGUUAUUUUGAUGAAAUCUCGCAAGAUACAGGGAAGUAUUGUUUUGGCGUGGAUGAUACCCUAAAGGCACUUGAAAUGGGUGCUGUGGAUUCCCUAAUUGUGUGGGAAAACCUAGCGGUCACUCGCUACGUGCUUCGUUCUUCAUCAAGUGACGAGAAGCGCGUCAUUCAUCUGAGACCGGAACAGGAGCGAGACCGCAGUCACUUUGUCGAUCCAGAAACGCAAACUGAGAUGGAGAUCGAGGAGAGUCAGCUUCUACUAGACUGGCUCGCGCUUAGCUAUCGAUCAUUCGGUGCUAUCCUCGAAAUAGUCACUGACAAGUCACAGGAAGGUUCGCAGUUUGUCCGCGGAUUUGGUGGUAUCGGAGGCAUUCUUCGCUACCAAGUUGACUUUCAACAUUUAGCUGGUGGCGAUCUGGACUUUGACGAAGACUUUGAUCUCGAUGACUACUAG